ACCAUGUCUGUUUUGCUGGAGAAAAUACGCAAGCUCAAAUCAGACGCUGCCCGUACGCUUGAACUGGCAGAGCUUCGCUCUGAUUCUGACAUCGUGUCUCUGACCCAAGAGGAACUGAGAGACCUGUUUCCAGGACCUAAGAACUUCAAACUGAGAAAAGCCAUCAGAGAAAUAAUACACAACCAGAAGCCAAUUAAUGUGCUCUUAGAGGAUCUGAGGGCUUUCAUCCCAGAUGAAGCUUUUAGGGAUGCUCUAACUGAAAAUGGAUCCCUAUAUCACUACCUUGUCAUCCUGAAGGGCUUGAAGGACCAAAUUAAUAAUGUCCAGGCAUUCAUUGAUGCUCAUAUCGAUGUGCUGGAGCAAUGCAAAGACAGUCCAAAGCAGACAUCUGACAGAGGUACAAUUUACUCAGGCACAAAUGCUGCUGUGGGGCACCACAAUUACCAAGCUGCUGCCAGUCCUUCAAGGUCACAAGCUCUUGUGCCAGCAGGGAAUUCCAGAUUUGCUCAAAAAGGUCCAGUCACAGUGAAGUACCGGUCAGUCAUAAGUGGUAAAACCUUUGGAGCCCAUGAUGCCCUUCUGCACCGGGUGCAGGAGCCGGGUGGGCUUAAACUGGUAGAGGGCAACCUGUUCAGUGAGCCACACAUCACCUUUGUCUUCUGCCCAAUCAGUUCACGCCAUAAUACAGAUGUGGAUGCUGCAAUGAAAAUGACUUCAGCUGAUAAACCCAUCAUUCUGGUUAUAAUGCACCACACAUAUGAUCCAAACUUCAUGACUCCCCGGAAAACAGACACACAGAAUAUUCUGUUGGAAGUCAACGUUCUCUACCAUGACAGUGCACAUGGAUUGCUAAACUGUCCAAAAAAUGAUCAGGCAGUUGCCCAGAUACGCGAAACAUUAAUGCAGUGCAACAGUGGUGAUGGCAGUUCCAAGUCUUGGUGGACAGGGUGGUUAAACUGAUGGUGCUGGUUGUGUUGACACUUAUUGCACAGAUACUGACAUGUAUUUCAUGGCCAUGUUCAGCUGUGAGCACAGAGACAACAUAUAUUAAUAAUGACAUCUUUCAGUGUGUCAGAGUUAGCCUUACGACUUAUGUAGCCUAGUCUCUGGCAAGUGAAUAGAUUCCAAAUACUUACGUUAUUUUGUGGCCUGUAAUCUGAAAAAUGUGAAAUGAUUGAUUGUUUUGCUAAAAACGAGAGAAGAAAGAAGAUGCCAGCCUUGUUAAGUCUUUGGAAUAGUGGAGAAUAGGGGAUAGUCUCUGUUUUGCUACUUAAAUCAACCAAAAAUAUUUUUUGGCAUCAGAAUUUAGCUCAUUAAUUUAUAGAAGAAGCAAUUCUUAAUUUCAGUGGAAGAAUAAAAAUAGACUCCUUAAAAUUUGAAUGUCAAGACUCCCUUUAAUGUUGUAGACACAACUUUGAGGCAUGUAAGAAAAUCAGCGUCAUGCAUCCCCAAGAGGAAACUGAGUCGUAGCAAAAGCAAAAACCUGUGCAUGCAUCUGUGUUUUGUAUUUGUGUCUUUAAUCUUGAGCUUGACCGUGUAUUAU